AUGCUCGGCGCACGCAUAGCCCUUCUGGUGGGCCUGGUGCCCGCUGUGUGGGCUCUGGGCGAGCCGCGAGUCGUCACGUUUGACGACGAGGCCGCCGUUUCUUCGACUGUUCAGACCGUGUUCGACGUUCCGUCAAGAAACAACUUUAUCAUCGGGUCGCGCAAGAGAGGGUACGCGGCUCCCCUGCUUCUCGAAUCGAAUGACAACCAAGCAGUCCACCUUGCGGCCAGGACGUGGGCCGAGGACGUCUACCGUGUCGUCGGGGUGUAUCCGGAGCUCUACAACGACACUCUACCUGCCGAGGUCCACAGCGCCGUCAUCGUUGGCACGGUCGACAGCCAGCUCGUCCAGUCCCUAGACUUCACCACCGAUACACUCAAGGGCAAGUGGGAGGCGUAUCAGACCUCUGUGGUGGACUCGCCCAUGGCCGGUUUGUCCGAGGCCCUCGUGGUGACUGGAAGUGAUCGCCGCGGCACAAUCUACGCCCUGUACACCAUCUCGGAGCAGAUGGGCGUUUCUCCAUGGCACUACUGGUCUGACGUCCCCAUUCGGGGCCAGGAACAUGUUGCCUUCAAACGCGGCGCAGUGCUGGCGCACGGCGAGCCGACGGUCAAGUAUCGCGGCAUCUUCAUCAACGACGAGCACCCGGCGCUGUGGGGGUGGGCGCAGCAGGCCUUCAGCCGCGAGUUGUGGGAGCCCGCGUUCCAGACCGACUUUUAUACCCACUGGUUUGAGAUGAUGCUUCGCCUGAAGGCAAACUAUGCCUGGCCGGCCAUGUACAUUUCGGCCUUUAGGGUGGACGGCCUGGACGUCAGUGCUGGCCUGCCUGCCGACCCUAUUCCGGGACCCAACCUCGUCCUGGCCAACGCGAUGGGUAUUGUCAUGGGUGCAUCGCACCACGAGCCGAUGGACCGCAACAAGCCCGAAUGGGACGCGUACGGUAAAGGCGCCUGGGACUGGACCAACAACGAGACCAUCAGCGAGUUUUGGAGGUACGGCGCCGAGAGGUCCAAGGACAUGGACGUGCUGUACACCAUGGGCAUGCGCGGCGACGGCGACAUGCCUCUCACAGGUGCGAGCCUGGAGCUGGUUCAGAACAUUACCAGGCACCAGCUGGACAUCUUGCGCGACGUGCACGGCGAGAAGACGGACAUUCCCAAGAUGUGGGCAAUGUACAAGGAGGUGGCAGAGUACUUUGUCGAUGGGCUUGAAAUUCCCGAGGACAUUAGCAUCCUCUUCGCCGACGACAACUUUGGUAACAUCAUGAGCGUGCUCCCCGUUGGAAAGGAGCAUGCGGCAGGAGCGGGCAUCUACUACCAUGUUGACUACGUCGGGUACCCCCGAGCUUAUAAGUGGAUCAACACCAUUAACCUUGCGAAAACUUGGGAGCAGAUGAACAUUGCGCAGUCGUUCAACACGACUGCCAUCUGGAUGCUCAACAUUGGUUCGCUCAAGCCACUCGAGGUGCCGACUGAACACUUCCUUGCGCUGGCGUACGACUUUGACGCGUGGCCACUCAACUCUGUGGACACCUUCCUGCGUGCUUGGGCCGCGCGCGACUUUGGCGAGGAGGUCGCCGACGAAGUGGCGGACAUCAUGGGCACGUACUCGCUGUACGCUGGCCGGCGCAAGCCCGAGCUGCUCAACUCGACGCUCUACUCGCUCAUCAACUUUGGCGAGGCCGAGCGCGUGCUCGACGAGUGGGAGACACUCACUGCGCGUGCGCAGGCCGUGUACGAUGCCCUCGACACGAGCGCCCAGCCGGCCUUCUACCAGCUCGUGCUCAUGCUCUGCCAGAUGCAGACCAACAUUAACCGGCUGUACAUUUCCGUCUCGCGGUCCAACCACUAUGCGUGGCAGGGACGUACGCUUGCCAACACGUUUUCGUACGACGCCCUAGACGCGUUCUACGCCGACGCCAACUUGACCGAGACGUUCCACAGCCUGCUGGACCGCAAGUGGGACCACAUGCUCGACCAGGCCCAUAUCAGCUGGGACGCGCAUCUCGAGCACGACCGCGACUUUCUCCCGCCCAUCAGCUUUGUCAACCCUGCCACGCCCGUGCGCGGUGGGAUUCCGCUCACAGAGCUGUCCAUCCCGCACACGUACCACACGCGCGUGACGGUCGAGAACAGCUACGGCGCGUGGCCCGGGUGGACGCUGUGGAACUGCGAUGGCGAGGGCAAGUGUCCCGACCCCACGCUGUGGGCCAUGGACUGGUACGGUGCGCCGCGCCGCUGGAUCGACAUUGGCAGCUGCGGCCCCAAGACGGUCCACUGGACAGCUACGCCGAGCCACGACUGGCUCACCGUGUCCCGGACGAGCGGGACGUUGACCUCGGAUGCCAAGAACGACGUGCGCCUGUACGUGUCGGUCGACUGGGACGCGGCGCCAAAUCCCGGCUCCGAGCUGGUGCAGAUCGAGGGCCACGUCCUCGUCCAGUCGUCGGACGGCGCCAACGUCACCAUCACUGUCCCCGUGAACAUUGCCCCCGCCGUCGCCGAGGAGUUUACGGGCUUUGUCGAGGGAGACGGAUACGUCGUGAUGGAGGCCGCGCACCACACGCGCCACACGGCCACUGCCGCGCACGCCCUCGAGGAGGUCAAGGGGUACGGACGCUACCUGUCCGGCGUGUCGAUGUAUCCCGUCGACAACACAAACUACACGGUCGGCACGGGCCCCGUGGUCGAGUACGACUUCUGGACACACGGCGACUCGGUGCACGCCAACGGCACUGCGCUCGUGACGGUGCAGAUUGGGCCGACGCUCAAUUUCCUGCUCGGCCGCGAACUGGCGUUUGGGUUCCAGUUUGACACGAGUGCGCCGGCAGAGAUCCACCCGAUCCCGACCGAACGCCUGGGACCACAGUACGAAAAGCCCGGCGCACCCGCGCUGUUCAUGGGCGCCGUGCCCGUCGACUGGCCCGAGAUUGUCAAGAGCGAGGUGCGCAACGUCUCCAUCGAGGUGCACCAGCCGACGCUGCGCGAGGCGGGCAAGCACACGAUCAAGCUGUUCGGCAUGACCCCCGGCAUUGUGUUUGAGCGCAUCUGGGUAGACCUCGGGGGUAUCGAGAAGAGGGGCUACAGCUACUUUGGCCCUCCCGAGAGUGUGCGUGUGUAG